AUGAGCACAGCAGUUCAAUCAACGCAACUUCCGACAGUACCGAAACCAAAAUUAGAUCAAAACUGUUCCAGUUGUGGAUCAACUGCACAUUUUGCUUGUAUUGAACAUUGCAAAGCGAUCCUAUGUUCACGAUGCGCCGGAAAACAUCAUGUUCUCAUCAUUCGACAAAUGCAGCAACUUCUCAAACGAUUAAAGAUCUAUCGAAUCGAUUCCGUUCGUAUUAGGCUGUCGGUCGAUUCGUUAAAACAAUCUCUGGACAGUACAAGCAAAUCGACCUCAAACUUGGAAACAGAUGAUCCUCAGCAAGCCUAUAUGAUUCUUCUCGAUGAAAACUUGAAGAAGGAUCGACUGAUUGAUAGUAAGAUCUUGGCAGAUUUAGAAGAAUAUCUCAACGAUCAUGCGGUGCGAAUUAUCAAAACUUGCCGAUCUCCAACUAUUUCCCGUAGUUUCGAAACCAGACGACGUUUACUUCGUCGUCCGCAAACAAGGUCACUGUCCGCAGGUAUUACUUGGUCAAAAACAAUAACAGCCUCACUUUCCAUCCAAAAACGUUUUCAAAUCUCUAAUGAACCAUCGACAUCGCUGAAUGAAUAUCCAGUCGCUAUUUCUCUAAAUGAUCACUAUUUCGAAACGUUCUUCUGCCAAUGGGAUGAUAACAGCGUGAUACUCUUAAGCAGAUGUGCCAUUGAUAUCUUUACGCGUGGUUCCGGUCUGACCUGGUCGAUUCCAAUUCAUCACGUCUUGAGUAAUACCAAAGAUAAAGUUCUUGCAGGCACAUGGUCAUCUUAUCUCCAUCGGCUGAUCCUUGUUGGUCGAUAUUAUUUCUAUCUGUACGAUUUGAGUCGUCAAAAAGUUCGAAGUGUUUGCGAUUGCGGAUGUGGCGGUUGUUGUGGUGUGAGCACAGUUCCACCGAAGCCUGAUCGAUAUACAAAAUUGGCAUUUCGAUGUCCACCCAUCUAUGACGACUAUCCAAAUUCUCCAAGGUUUCUAGAUUGUAGUGUCGACGAUCAUCUAUUCUACGCUUACAAGUCCGGAAAAGAUACUUAUCGACUGGAAGCUUAUUCUGCCGCACAAUUGUUUAAUCUUUUGGACGAAGAACAAGCAACGGAAUCAAGUACCUACGUUCCGACAGGCCAAAAAUCGAGUGAUAUUAAAAUAAAGCCAUCCGGAGCUGUGACAAUCACCGGUCAAAUAGCGGCGAUUCGUGUCACGCAUGAUCGCAUAGCUGUUGUCUAUCGACGUUUACGAGAACCAGACAAACGUCCAACAAAUUGGAAGAAUCCAUUAAAAUUUGAUCAUUAUUUCGCCUUAUUCGAUCAUUCACUUGCAAGAUUAACCGAAGAAGCUUUACUCUUAUCUUCAAUUCGUUGGAUAACAUCCAUUGUACCUUUCGGCACUGAAUACGAAUACCUACUUUGUGACCCGCUUGGUCAACAAUUACUUCUGUAUCAAGCAUUCAGCAGUAAAAUCAUCAAUCGUUUCCAUUUGGCAUGCGUUCAAGGUUGUUGUCUGAUGGAUGGACGGCUAGUUCUGUGGGUAAGACAAGCUUAUCCGAAUUCACCUAUUGGUAAACUACACUUUAUGAAUGCGCCGCAUUUGGAAAAAUACCGAAUGGAAACGAAAUCUCUUCAAAUCUCGAACGAAUCGCGUGAUUAA